AUGUAUAGAAGAAUAUUUAAGAAUGGGGCAUAUGAAGAAAGUGAGCGAAGAAGAAGAUCAUCCACAUUUUACCUUCCGCUUCAUCCGGUGAUUAAGCUAUCAAGUCUUAUAACUGAGUUACGUGUCGUGUUCGACGCAUCGGCCAAAAGUACUUCAAACUUAUCCUUGAACGAUUUGCUUUUGUGUGGUCCGAUUGUUCAAGACGAUUUAGUUACGAUAUUGAUGCAAUUCCAUAAAUAUCAGUUUGUCAUUAAAGCAGACGUGGAGAAGAUAUUCUUAGACCUAGAGGGUAACCUAAAAUUUCCCGGUGUGCCUCCUUCGUAUUUGGAUGAUAGAGCAAUUUUUCAUUGUUAA